AUGCCUCGUAUGACCUCCGACAGAGAAGCAGCUUCGAAGAUGCUACGAUUCGUGGGGCGAUGCAUUGUCAACCAAAUCAUUAUCACAUCAGCUGAGAUCGGUAUCUCUAAUUCUGUACCAAAGUACGAACGUCGUAAACAGCUUGCACCAUCAUGUGCAGUAAAAGCAAAUAUCCGUCAUGACCCACUGUGGUCUGACAAAGUUCCCAACAGUAAGCGCGCAGAUAGCACAGCCUAUCGCCCCAACAACUUCUCAGCGCCUCUGAACCCGCCAUUACAGGAUAUAGAUCAGGCGUCGUCAUGGCAGGUGUCACAAUUCGUACCAAGCCCGUUUGAUCAUUCGAGGAGAGAGAGAAAGACAAGAGUCACCGAAUCUGGCACGUGA